CCGCCCCUCCCCUCUCAGCCAAUCCCCGCCCUCUCCCACCACAUUAGCCCCGCCCCUCCGCAGCCGUUACCCCCUUGGCGGGCGAACCCCCUCCCUCCCUCACGGCGCCCCGCGCUCCCAUUGGCCGAUCUCGGCGGGGGCGGGGCCUCCCCUCGCAGCUCGCCCCGCCAUUGGCCGCGGCGCGGGGCCCAAUGGGCGCGCGGCGGUUUGAAGGCGCGCGGGACAAGAUGGCGGCGGCGCCUCAGGCCGGUCCCGCUGCGCUCCCGGUGCCGCGCCCGGGCCCGCGCCCGGGGCUCUCGCGGCUGCCGGUGGCCCGGGGCCAGGAGAAGCGGGGCCCGCCCGAGGGCCCGCCCGCGGCGCCUCCCCAGCAGAAACGAUCGCGGACCGGGCUCGGGCCCGGCGGCGCCAAGGCCGCGCCCAAGGCCCCGCUCCGGGCCCCGCUGCGCACCCUGGGACCCGCCGCGGCCGCCGGCAAGAACGAUGGCCCCCGGAAGGCGGUGUCAGGGGCAGCUGCUCCUCGGGCAGGCUCUGCCACCAGCACGGCGAGCGCCAAGGGCGCCUCCAAGCGGCCGCCGUGGGACCUGCGGGGCCAGGUCGGGGACCUGCGGGAGGCGCUGGGCCAGGCCCGGGAGCGGCUGCAGGGGCUGGACAGCGAGAAACGGGAGCUGGAGAGCGGCAACCGCCAGCUGAGGGAGCGCCUGCAGCAGCUGCAGAGGCAGCUGGGCGAGAGCGAGGGCCGCGAGAGCAGCCUCUGCACCAGGGUCGGCUCCCUGGAGCUGGAGGUGUCGCAGUGCCGGGAGGAGCUGGAGCAGAGCCGGGGCCGCGUGGAGGCUCUGGAGGCCGAGGAGCGGCGGCUGCAGGCCGAGGAGGAGCAGCGGCGGCAGGAGAGGGACGAGGCCCUGGGCCGGGCACGGGCGCUGUCCGAGCAGCUGGAGAACACUGAGGCGCGGCUGCAGCAGGCGCAGCAGCAGCUGCAGGAGCAGCUGGAGCGGGUGGCGGCGCUGCAGGAGCUGGAGGCGUCGCAGAGGACGCUGCUGGCCGAGCACGAGGAGCGCAUCCACCUGCUGGAGAUGGAGCGGCGCCGCCUGCACAACGACAUCCAGGAGCUCAGGGGGAACAUCCGCGUGUUCUGCCGCGUGCGGCCGCUGCUGCCCGAGGAGCGCGAGCGCCAGCGGGGGAUGCCCCACCUGCACUUCCCCCCCCAGGACGCGCGCAGCCUGGUGCUCACCCGGCCCGACGACUCGCAGGUGGGCCGGGAGCGGCGCGCGGAGCUGCGCUACGACUUCAGCUUCGACCGCGUCUUCCCGCCCGCCGCCUCCCAGCAGGACAUCUUCCAGGAGAUCCAGCUCCUCGUGCAGUCGGCGCUGGACGGCUACCCGGUGUGCAUCUUCGCCUACGGGCAGACGGGCAGCGGCAAGACCUUCACCAUGGAGGGGCCGGCGCCGCCGGGCGCGCCGGAGUCGCGGGGCAUGAUCCCGCGGGCCGUGCGCCACCUGUUCCUGGGCGCCCGCGACCUGGCGGGCAAGGGCUGGCAGUACGGCUUCUCGGCCAGCUUGCUGGAGAUCUACAACGAGGGCCUGCGCGACCUGCUGCUGCCCCGCGGAGAGCGGCCCGCCGAGCUGGAGAUCCGGCGCCUGGCGCCCGACAGCGACGAGCUGCACGUGCCCAACCUCACCUGGGUGCCCGUGGAGAACGAGGAGCAGGUUCUGGAGCUGCUGCUGCGUGCGUCCUCGCAGCGCUCGGUGGCGCGCACGGGGCUCAACGAGCGCUCCUCGCGCUCGCACUCGGUGUUCCAGCUGCGCAUCCGGGGCUGCCACGCGGGCCGCGACCUGCGCUGCGCCUUCAACCGUGUCGAGCCAGUCAGGCAGUGUCCUGGAGGCCACCGAGAGGACGUGGUGUCAUAUAUUAAUGGUAAAAGGAAGGGUGUAAGCGACUUCUGUGCCUUACUGGAUGAAGCAGGCAACCUAGUAACUAAAGAUGACAUGGAUGAGGACAUCAAGUCCUUCGUUAGUAAAUUUGCGGACGACACUAAGCUGGGACCGUGUGUCCAUCUGUUGGAAGAGCAUAUUCCAUCUAAAACGGCGAAGCAGAUCAGUGAUGAAAAGCGCCUUCUGGGGAGAGGUGCCUCCGUGAAAGGUCAGGUGGGGCCCGAAGGCAGAUUCACCAGGUAUGGGGAAGCCUUCAUGAAAGUUUUGGAUGGGCAAGAUCCGCAAGCCGUGGUGAACGAUAUUUUCGAAGAGUUUCAAGGAGAGCUGGGCCUGGCUGUCUGGGGAGGCCUCCAAGCUCUGCGACGCCUGCAGGCCGACGUUGAGGCCAUGGAAGAGGCUGUGGUGGCCACCAGCCAGGUGUGGGAGGCCACCUGGAGGGGACAGUGUGUACAUGCCAGCCUGACUAUCGAAGAAGUCUGUUCCAGCCUACCAGACCUGAAAGACGUGCCCCUAGAGAAACCAGACUGGGAACUUUUUCUAGAUGGGAGCAGUUUCAUGAAAAAUGGCAAGAGGAUGACAGGCCAUGCAGUGACUACCCAGGACAAGGUGAUCGAGGCAAAGGCCCUGACGAGAGCCCAAGAACUGAGCAAAAUGUCCCCUCCACACCUGGAGGUGAUGGUGGACGUGGUGGCCACCCUGGGCAAGCUGCUGGCUACCGACCCUGAACCACCUGUAAGAGACAGUGUCACCUGCCUGGGCCACCGUGGCGUCCCCUCCCUGGGCUGGGCCCUGGCCACCCUCGGGGUCACCCCUGGGACCACCUGGGCCGAUGUGAGAGCCCUGGCCAGCGCCUGGUGGGAGUCGGUGCAGGCGCUCAUGGACAGCUGGGCCUGGCUGGCCAGGGAGGCCACCGAGCUCCGUGCCACCUGCAGGGAGGUGACCACUGCUGAGGCCACCGCAGUGGCCACUGCCACCAUCCAGGCCAGGAACUGGCAGGACACGGCCGCCGGCUUGAGAAGAGCAAGGGAAGACAUGGAGGCUGGGAAACAGGAGCAGCCACUGACCCUGGAAAUGGAGGCAAUGGCUGCUCUCGAGGCCUGGGUGGUGGCGGCCAGCAAUGAGGUGCUGGUGGCCACCGUGGCCAGGAGAGAGGCCGUGGUGUUCACCAGCUGGGGGAUGGUGGCCACCAAGAGGAAACAGCAGUUGGAGGAGGCCCUGGGGCCCUGGGGGACUUGGUGGCCGCGUGUCACAAAGACACCGUGUUCUCCUGGGAGCUGCAGCGUUGCCCAGGGCCAUCGAGGCCACCCUGGAGUGGACAACGGACACAUCCCUCGAUGUCCCCGAGCCCUUGGUGGCCACGGUAGAUGA